ACCGAAGAUAUAAGAAAAUUAACCCUUGUAUAUUAGUGUUCAUCAAACACAUUAGUACGAGAUCUUUUGGGGAGUAUAUCUAAGAGUAAAAUUCGACGGACUUGACUCAAAGUGAACAAUAUCGUACUAACAGAGCUACACGAUUUUGACAAAUCUUAUGAAUCUAUCAUUAAAAAAAGGCGAACAUAUUGUAAACUAGCCAAUCACAAAAUUUUCCAAUUAUUAUUGAUUAACUUCACAAUUGCAUUAUUAGCGUUUUGAGAUAAAUUGUUUGCUAGUUUGAGGUUUUGGGUUGAGAUUCAAAAUUGAAGGUUAACGGGUUAGAGUAAUGGAUUGAUUAGUUGUAAUUCUAUGUUAUAUCAUCAUAUUGGACUAAUGAUACCAAUUAAAAGUUCAAAUUCGAUGUAUUAUUAUCUGUACUUUGAAGUUUGAAUGAAUUAAAUAUAUGACAAAGGCUAGUGUACGCCUGACGUAUGCUCUAUGUGCCUCCGUUCACACCUACGUGUAUUUUGAUAUAUUUAGACGUACAAAUCGGAACCGUUGGUUAUAUUAUUUUAAGGUUAGACGAAUCUCAUAGUUUGGUUCGGAAAAUUAGGGAUUGAAGUUCACCUAUUAGAGGCUAGUGUAUAACAUUAUGUAUCAAACUCUGGUUAAUUGAUGAUCUAAAAUAGAAAAACUCAAUGGGCCUGUGAUAGGGUUUGCAUAUGCCCGACAUAUUACUAUACCCUAACCACUAAUGGGUGAACCUCAAUCCCUAAUUCGCCAACCAAAAUCAUAAGAUUCAUACGCUAGUCUGAACCAUAUAUAUAUCUAUGAUACAUAACAUCAAUUUUAUUAAUGUAUCAACUCAAGGAAUGCGUAUGCAUGCUUAUUACGUGCAAGCGAGUGGUACAUUUAUCUAUGAUUUAAUUGGCAAAUGCAAAGUCUAAGUCGUCGCCAUCGUCCUCCUCCAGCAAGAUAAGAGCAAGCUAGAAACCUUAUAAAAAGGAGCCUGCCCUAUAUACAUCUCUUUCACAUCAUAUCGACCCCAAGCUCCUUCUCCUUCUCAUUCUUCUUCUUCUUCUUCUUCUUCUUCUUCUUCUUCUUCUUCUUCUUCUUCUUCUUCUAUCUCUGUUUCUUUCUCCAGCUCCAGUCAAUCAAAGAUGGUGAACUCGAUCGAGAUAUCGUCGGACAAUCAUUUCCUGGACAACCUGGGGAACCACAACUUCAUCUCCGUCUGCGUGGUGAAGGAGCACUGGGACGCCUACUCCCAGCAGUCCGGCUGGGACCGCGCCCUCGUCUCCCACCUCGACCUCUCCGGCGAGCUCAGGAUCCACGGCGCCGUGAUCCGCGGCCAGCAGCUGAAGGACCUCGCCAGGGACCUCCACAGGUUAGUGGCACCGCGCGCAGAAUCAGAAAUAUUUUAUAUCGGGGUGUAAUGGCCGGGUAUCCCUUCCAGAAAACAAAAUGUAGUUAUAAUAAUAAUAAUUUAAAAAGUUUAAAAAAUAAACUUUUUUUCCGUGUAGUUUUAUUUUUUGUUAUUUAGUUUUCUUCCAUAGUUUGAUAGUUAAUUAUCUUUAUAAUAUUUUAAUAUCUCUCCUGCGGUAAUUCAGGUUUGGGUAGAAUUAAGGAAAUUUUCCUCUUUCACCUAGAAAACUCUUCUACUUUUUUGAACAAUGUUUAAGAAAUUCUAGCAUGUCGGUUGGAUCGAAAAUACUGGAUAUUGGAUCCAAAUUGGUAGGUAAUUUUAACGGUAGGAAACGAUUGAGCUAUGACUCAACACGAUUUCAGUACAAAAUACUUUAUCACAAACUUUUUCAAUAUAACCUUUCAUGCAUUCCGUUUUACUCUAAACAAAAGCUCUUUAUUAUCAUUUUGAAAGCUAUGCCAACUAUCUUAAUGUGAGAAAAUAUGUAUAUAGUGAUAUGACUAUGCAAAAUAUUGUAAUAUAAUCUUCCAAAUACAACAUAUAUCCAAUAGAAUUGAAAUUUUAAAAAUUGAGAUUAUUUUGAUGCCCACUCAUAAAACGAUUAGAUUAUAAGCACAAGCUAAACUUAUAAAUUUUAUGAAUGUUGGAAAACACUAAUACCUUUACAAAAUUUUGAAUACUGAAAUUACAAAAAUUAUAGGAUGACACAUUAAAAUAUUCAAAAUACUGAAAUAAAAUUGAUUAAUGUUG